AUCUGAAAGCAAUGGUGAUAAGGAUGAAUUCGGAGCUGGAGAAGCCGGCAAAAGUUGGAUGGAUGAGUUUGAGACAAAAUUUCUCAAGGAAGCUGGAUUAAAGCUUCCUAAAACAUUAAAAGGGCCAGAAACAAUUAGAUCUUUAAGAGGGGUGAUGUGUUUGGAGGAAAGAAACAAUGUCCUUGGUGUCGUAGUUGGAAACAAGUUUUCGAGUGGUGCUGUUGAGGAAGCAGAAAAGUCGAAAGAAUACCCUAUCAUCCUUACCACUAAAGACCGUAUCCCUACAACUUACUUUCAUACUCGACCGUAA